ACUUAAAAACAGCUGGGUUCGUAGGAUUCUAACGAGAGAGCAACGUGGGACUGCUAAAUGAAGGGGGGCACAGUGCGGAUUUAGACGUACGGAUUAAGGCUCAUCUAAUGGCUUCACUGCUAUGCGAAAUAAGAAAUGAAAGAGGAUUUAUGGCAUACAUCAAGAGAGUCUGAGAGAGAUCGGCGAGAGAGAAAGAGAGAUAGCCCGCUAGCUUGGCAGGGAUGCAAUAAGAGCACAGUGGAAACAGACGAAUAGAUACGACUGUAUACGCUACUGUUUAGUCUGCAUCCACAAUACUUGUCACCUCUUCUUCUUUACACUGGCAUGGAAUGUUCCCGUGAAGGUUCACUUAGGGCUCCCUCCGUCUGGAACCCUAGGACACAGGCAGUGGAGAUUGUGCAGACAACAAAGGGAUGCUGAUGAGCUGCCUGGCCUUGGAUCCCCUCACUGGUCAAGACGUCUGAGGACAGGCACUGCAGGGUGCCAUAGAGUGGUGGACUGUCCAUCUCUCAAGCUGUAAUCACAGUGGACAAGGCAUCUAAAAACACAAUGGUCCUGCUGUUCAUUUUAUUUUAGUGACACUGGUUUGGGAAAGAAGUGCUGAAAGACAGCCAGAACGUGAUGCAGCAAAUCAUAUCCUCCAUCUCUCCGUUCCCCGUUUUGGUUGUUAGGGAGACAUUUACCUCCAGUUGUUAAGGAAACUGAGCAGAGAGGGGUGUUGGUCAUGGCGAAGCCAUUCUACCGCCUACAGCGCUUCUUGCGACGGACUCAGCUGCUCUUCCUGUUCCUGGGCGUGGCCUACAUAAUGGCCGGCAGCGUGCUGCUGCUGCAGCGGGCAGCCCUGGUGGUCUCCCAGCGGGGGCUGUCCCUCACCUCCAGCUUCCUGCCCCUGCCCUCUCUGCCAGCCCCACCGCGGGCGCUGAGUGGCACGCCAGUGGUGCGAGUAGGCCCAGUGGGCGCCAGACUGCCAGGGAGUCCAGGCCGCUAUCGGGCAAGCCAGUCAGAUGACCGAGCAGGCCCUCAGUGGCUGCUGUCCAGGAACCAGGAGAUCCGACAGCUGCGGCGCCGGUGGUUCCACAGCCUCAUGUCUGAACAGGAUAUGACCAGAGCAGACCCGGUUACAGCCAGGAGGAAGGCUCCACACAAAGGUACAUACAUUGGCUGCUUCCUAGAUGAUGCCAAGGACCGGGCCUUGAAAGGGACUGUUUUUUAUGAUUUCCGCAGAAUGACCACAAGCUUGUGCCAGGACACCUGCUCUGAGAGUGGAUACCAGUUUGCCGGACUGGAGUAUGGCUCGGAGUGUUACUGUGGCAACCGCAUCGCAGGCCCACGCAUGAGGGAGGAGGAGUGCAACCUGGACUGCAAGGGCGAGAAGGGCUCCAUCUGCGGGGGUGUGGCCCGUCUGACUAUCUACAAGGUGGAGGAACUACUUCCUGGUCAGAGGAGAUACAGGAACGUGCGCUACCGUGGCUGCUUCAGAACUCCUGAGAACAUGACGGCCGCCGCGUUUGUGCGUGCCGUGAAGCGCAACGUCACCUCUCAGGCCUGCAUCGAGGUCUGCAUGGACCAGGAGUAUCCACUUGCCAUCCUACACAAGCUCCAGUGCUUCUGUGGUUAUGCGACUCCUGUCUUCAGCCUCCAUGAGCCCGUGGGGGAGGAGCUCUGUGCCCAGGCUAACACCACUAUCCCCACGGCGGCAACCAAUCAUCUCCAUUGCCAGGUCUACCAAACGCCCGUGCAGGACUCCAGGUGCACUGAGAGGAAGUUCCUGCCAGAGAAAUCCAGCUCACUAGUUGCAUUGUCCAGCUUCCCUGGUGCGGGCAACACCUGGGUGCGGCACCUGAUCGAGCUGGCCACCGGCUACUACACAGGGAGCUACUAUUUUGACGGCACUCUUUACAACCGAGGUUUCAAGGGCGAGAAGGACUACUGGAAGAGUGGACGCACCAUCUGUGUGAAGACCCAUGAGAGCGGCAAGCGGGAUAUUGAAAUGUAUGACUCCUCCAUCCUGCUGAUCCGAAACCCGUACCGCUCCCUCAUGGCCGAGUUCAACCGCAAGUGUGCCGGACACCUGGGUUACGCGUCAGACCAGCACUGGAAGAGCAAAGAGUGGCCAGAGUUUGUGGGCAGCUAUGCAUCCUGGUGGGCGUCCCACGUGCUGGACUGGCUGCGGUACGGGCGCCAUGUCCUCGUGGUCCACUACGAGGAGCUCCAGGACUCACUGGUGCCCCAGCUGCGCGUCAUCGCCAACUUCCUCAACGCCAGCGUCACCGAGGAGCGGCUGCUGUGCGCCGAGAGCAACAAAGACGGCCACUUCAAGCGCUCAGGUGCCCGCCGGCCCACCUUUGACCCCUUCACGCCAGACAUGCGGCAGCUGAUUGACGGCUACAUCGGCGCCGUGGACCAGGCGCUGAGGGAGAGCAACCAGACGGGCCUGCCGCCGGACUACCUGCCCAGGUGAUCAGAGGAAACGUCCACAAGUCUGAUCAGCGUCCCCAGAGGACCAAACUGGCCUUUCCCCAACCCUUUCUACUUCACCAUUACGACCAAGAGGAAUCUGAUCCCCUCUGUCUGUAUCAGAUGAGCAGUGUACUGCUUCACUCAUUGCAUAUUGUGGCCGGGCCCUCCUGUAAUGCAGCACUUGGAGGGUUUUCCCAUCACUGCCGCUUCAGUUUAUUUGUGUGCCACAUGUUUUGGAUGAGGGCAGGGGUAGGACUCUGGAGGAGGGCCGUGUGCCACUGCUUGACACUUAGGAUGGUGCUUUAAGAUUUACGACAGAUUAAACCGAGCAAACUGACUUUGAUGAAAUCACAGAUAGUGUCUUUUUUAGUCAUUGUUUGAGACAGAGCAGAAAAUUCAUUUGAAAGCCUUCUUCCCAAUCGCCUCAACCAUAAAAUCAGAGGCUUCAUCUUUGUUAUUGUUCUUACAUAAACCAACACCGUACAAUGAAAAUCCUGCCACAACUUGCUACAUUAGUGCUGCGUGGUUGCCACUGAUUCCGACGCACAGGCAUCACACCACCGGGAGUGCACUGGGCCCAUCAGGGCUGUAGAGCCGCCUUCACACUGACUGACUGUCCCUGGGAAUGGGAGGCUGGAGGAGGCUGGGCUGGACGCUGCAGCAGUCCUCUCCCACCAUGCUGGUGACGCCUGAUGGAGGAGGACAGAGAGGGAGGGAGAGAGCGGGACGGAGGGGCAGGGGAAGGGGCCGAGACAUGAUGAGGGAGAGGGAUCUCCUGCAGCGUAAUCUCAUACAAUAAGCCUCUCUGGGCCCAUGCUGCGAGCAGACAGAGAGGAAAUGAUGGCAGAGGAAGGAGAAGGACAAAGAGGCAGAGUAGAGUCGCCACCAUGACCAUGGGAAGUAGCCCAGAGGAAGAGGGGAUAACAGCCGCCAGACCUGGCCAGCUAGACAUGCUUCCCACAGCACGUGGGGAAAGGGCCAGCAUGGGCACACACACACACACACACACACACACACACACACACACACUCCCAGUGUACCCAGUGGUGUGCCGCUGCCUCCCCCUCCGCCCCCCCCCUCCUGCAGUCUCUAAUCUCUCCUGAGCUGAUUAUUGUGCUGCACAGAGGCCCAGAUGUGACUGGCUUUGACAGCGCUGCUGCCACAUUCCCCUCUGCUCUGCUCCUCUCUUCUCUGGUGGCGCUCAUCACAUGAGUGUCUCUGCACCGCGUAUGGUUUAGUCAUGUAUUUAUUGAAAUAGUUUGAAUGGACGCCAGGAUCUGGCGUUAUCACAGUGGACUGCGCAUCAGAACACUGAUUCUUCAGUGUUAUCCUUUGGUAUGUCCAAUAGUCAACAGAUUGUACGCUACAAGCUUCAUUCCCAUGGAAACAAAAUCCAUUCAUCCAAUCCAUUCUCCAAACCACUGAAUUAGUAUUUGUUUGCCCUGGUGAAGAAGCAGCCAUGGAGCAGUAUUUAGUCACAGGACGGGAAGAAAGAUGAUCAUGGCUGUCUGCAGAGACGCUUGAGGAGGAGGAAGGCUGCACUCUUCUGUGGGAGUUGAAUGGGCGGUAAUGGGGUCCCUCAGAGAGUAGACAACCUCCUCCCAGGGGUCACGCUGCUUCAAGCCUGUGACUCCUAUGAUAGAUUACUGGCUAAAUGAAAUGGAUGUCAUUGCUCUGUCUGUGUAGCAGAUCACACCUCCGUAAAUACUGUGUGCAAAUACCUGCAUCCGUGCGCCUGUGAAUGUGUUUGGCCACCUGGGACUUCAUGAGCUGUGAGGACUGUAACAGACACAUUGCUUACGAGCAGAUUGCUGAUGCUGGGUGUACAUUCUUCUUGCAUUUUUAAAGGAACACAGCGGGAGGCUGACUGUCUUACAGGCUUCAAAAAUGUAAAACUGUCAUGAAAAAAAAAAUCAGUUUUUGGAAAGGGGCAGGUCCCCAAAAAGGUUUUGAUUGUGAGUGUUGCUUUAAUAAAAAUUCAUGAAGCACACUCAAGUGUCUGAGUCUGU